AUGUUAUCUACUCUCAGAACUACACUCAUGGCGACGUGGUGGUUAACCAUCCCACUGCCGCUGCUCCUCCUCCUCCGCCUCGUCAUCGGCCGCCGGCGCAAGCUCAACUUACCACCAGGUCCGCGGUCACUGCCCGUUAUAGGCAACCUGAACCUCAUCGGCUCCCUCACCCACCGUUCGCUGCAGGCUCUCUCCCGGAAGUACGGACACCUCAUGUACCUCCGCUUCGGAUCCCUCGGGGUCGUGGUCGGCUCCUCAGUUGAAACGGGCAAGUUCUUCCUCAUGACGCACGGCGUCCACUUCGCCUCCCGCCCUCGGAACGCCGCCGGCAAGUACUCCAGUUACAACUACUCCGACAUAAUCUGGUCCCCCUACGACGCCUACUGGCGCCAGGCCCGGAAGAUGUGCGUGAUAGAACUCUUCAGCGCCAAUCGCCUCGACUCCUUCGCGUACAUCAGAGUCGAGGAGAUCCGCGCCCUGCUCCGCCGCCUGUUCGACUCCGCCGGAGCCGCGCCGGUCCUCAUAAAGCACCACUUCUUCGACACUAGCCUCAACAUCAUCAGCCGAAUGACGCUGGGGAAGAAGUACCUGAACAGAGAGGAAGCAGGGGAGGAGUUCAAGGAGAUGAUGGACGAGCUGUUCUUGCCCAACGGCGUGUUGAACAUCGGCGACUACAUUCCCUGUCUCAACUUCCUCGACCUGCAGGGCUACAUCAGGAGGAUGAAGAAGCUGAGCAAGAAGUUCGAUCGGUUCCUCGAGCACGUCCUCGACGAGCACAACGAGCGCCGCCGGAUCGAGGGAGAACGGUUCGCGGUCAGGGACAUGGUGGACGUGCUCCUCCAGCUCGCCGACGACCCCAACUUGGACGUCAAGAUCGAGAGGCACGGCGUCAAGGCGUUCAUUCAGGACUUGAUUGCCGGCGGCACCGAGAGCUCCUCGGCCACGGUGGAAUGGGCUCUGUCGGAGCUUCUCAGGCGGCCGGAGGUGAUGGAGAAGGCGACGGAGGAGCUGGACCGGGUGGUUGGGCGCGGGCGGUGGGCGGAGGAGAAGGACAUGGAACGGCUUGACUACAUCAGGGCGAUCGUGAAGGAGGCGAUGCGGAUGCACCCGGUGGCGCCCACUCUGGUACCCCACCUCUCGACGGAGCACACGAGGUUCGACGGGUACGACAUCCCCGCCGGCACGAUGGCGAUCGUCAACGUGUGGUCCAUCGGGCGGGAUCCGGAGGUGUGGGAGGAGCCGGAGGAGUUCCGGCCGGAGAGGUUCCUGGGCAGCACGGUCGACGUGAGCGGGCACGACUUCCAGCUGAUACCGUUCGGGCCGGGAAGGCGAAUGUGCCCGGGGUACCGGCUGGGGCUGAAAGUGGUGCAGAUGGGCGUAGCCAACUUGCUGCACGGCUUCAACUGGCGGCUGCCGGAGGGGAUGAAGGCGGAGGAUGUGAGCAUGGAGGGGUUCUUUCGGCUGUCCACGACGCGGAAGGUGCGGUUGGAGGCCAAGUUGCCGGCCCACCUCUACGCCUAA